AUGAAUAAUGACAAAAUCAGUAAAGCUAAGGUCUCGCAAAGUUACUCUCGACGCAAUCUUAAUUCUCCCCCUUACUGUGAGCCAUUGUCGCUGAAAUCGCUUGGAAACUUGCCUCUUAUCGAAAUAUCCAAGCCAUUUAUAACUCAGAAGAGGAAAACCUUUUUGGAAAGCCCAUCAAAUAUAUUGAAUGAUAAUACAAUUAGCACUGAGACAGUUACUCAGCACGUGUGCAUUGGCCAAAUACCAGCUGAUAUUUCUGAAUUUAUUGUCUUAGACGGCGACGAAUGCAUGUUUGAGUGUGACAAUACUGAUAACUGUCCUUUUCGGCAGAGCUUUCUGGAGCGUCCCCCGCCCUUGCCUCAUGUUCGAAGAGCGGAAUGGUUGGCGCAUUUAAAUAUUGUUCGCCUGCUGACGGCAAAGUAA